AAGUGGAAAGGGGGACAAAAGUGAAAAGAAGACUUAGCUCACUGAAGAAUAGAGUCACUGGAUCCUGGCAAAAAGAUAAGGGUAAGAUGAAAGAGCAGCUGAAAGAGAAGGGCAAAGAGCCAAUAGACAAGUGGAUUUAUUCCAGUGGGCAUGAGCUGGUGCCAGGCUGCUUCUCAAGUCACGCCAAAUGCACUUUAUGCACCAGGGCACUUGCAAACAGGCGUGGACUGCAAUGCAUGCAUUGUGCUGUAAAUGUCCAUAAAAAUUGCAAAACAUUACUCCCUGAGUGCACAAGCAGCAAGUCGAAGAAGGACAGCUCCUAUAAACCUGUAACAUCUCCCCAAGUAUCGUCUCUGACCUACAAAGCUUCCUUGAAGGAUCAUCCCCGCAUUAGUUUAGUGGGAUUGGAUGGGACUCAUGCACAGGUACGGGGGCUUGGAAUGACUGCCACCAAUAGAGGAUAUUCAAGAGUGGAAAUACAAGCAACAGCAGGCAACAGAGCUGGUUCUGCAUCAGAAAUGGAUGAAUUAGAUUCACAUUUCACAAAGCUGAAGAUAUUCACAGAUGAUAAUGUUUCCCUGGCUUCUACCACUGAAUCCACUUUUGUAGAAGAUGCUUUUUAUUCCUCUGUGAGAGCCGAAUUAGAAGCUGAUGCUGCUGAAUUUGAGUUUGAGACAUGGAGCAGUGCAGUAGAACCCCCGUAUGCCAAAAAGCAGAAAAAAGAGGUUAUCAAGCGCCAGGAUGUCAUUUAUGAGCUUAUGCAGACAGAGAUGCACCAUGUGCGAACACUAAAGAUCAUGUUAAAGGUGUACUGCCGAGCACUGCGAGAAGAACUGCAUGGGAGUAAAGAAGUUCUCCAGCUCUUCCCUUGUGUGAAUGAGCUUUUAGAUCUACAUGGACAGUUCCUAGCACGGUUUAAGGAGAGACGCAAAGAGUCUCUUGAAGAAGGCAGUGAUCGUAAUUACAUCAUACAGAAGGUUGGAGAUAUCCUUGUACAGCAGUUCUCAGGUGAGACUGGUGAGAAGAUGAAGGACAUGUAUGGGGUAUUCUGUAGCCAGCAUAAUAAAGCAGUAACUUACUACAAGUUCCUGAUGCGAGAGAAUAAAAAGUUCCAAAACCUCAUGAAGAAAAUAGGUAACUCCUCUAUUGUGAGGCGGCUGGGUGUCUUGGAGUGUAUUCUUUUGGUUACUCAAAGGAUUACAAAGUAUCCUGUUUUGCUGGAAAGAAUUAUUCAUAACACAGAAGAGGGAACAGAAGAUUAUGAGACAUUGACUCGGGCGCUCAUACUACUGAAGGAAACCAUCACAGAAGUAGACACCCGAGUGCAUAAGAGUGAGAAGGGACAGCGUCUGGAUGAAAUCAUUGGAAAAAUGGAGCCAAAGUCCACUGGUAAAUUAAAAAAUGGGAUGACAUUUAGAAAGCAUGACAUGGAGCAAAGGCAGCUUCUACACGAUGGCAUGCUAUACUGGAAGACUGCUUCGGGACGCUUGAAAGACAUCUUGGCUGUUUUACUGACUGAUGUCUUGCUGCUUCUUCAAGAGAAGGAUCAAAAAUAUGUAUUUUCUUCUGUGGAUGCCAAGCCGCCUGUAAUUUCACUGCAAAAGCUGAUUGUUCGUGAGGUGGCUAAUGAGGAAAAGGCUAUGUUCUUAAUCAGUGCCUCACUGCGGGGCCCAGAGAUGUACGAAAUUCACACUACCUCUAAAGAAGAGCGGAAUUCUUGGAUGACUCUAAUUCGUGGGGCUGUUGAGAGUUGCCCUGAUGAAGGGGAAGAAUUCCCCAGUGAAGCAGAUGAAGAACGAAAACAGGCCAUUGAGCGUCUUGCUAGAAUAAAGGAGCUUCAAGACCGGCUGAACAUGAAGGAUUCAUUUAUCAUGCAAAACCUUAGUGAAAAGCUACAGAUUACUAUGGAAAUGGCUGAUUUGUAUGGUUUUGAGGAUUCUUCUCAAGUGUCCAGGGUCAGACUUCUUGUUGGAUGUGACAAUGGAGGGAGCCUCCAAGGGGAAACCAUUCUUCUAUCUGUCAUAGCCAGAGCUGAAGAAAUACAAUCCUUGCUACUGACACAGUUUUCCAAACCAAAUGAUGACACCAGCACUGGCCUUUCCCCUCUACCCAGAAGAUCAGAGACUUUUGGAGGCUAUGACAGUAGCUUCGAACAUACAAACAAAACUGGCAGCUUUAAACAGAGGGUCAAGGACCGGCGUACCAUUUCUACAAGUUCAGAACCCCAAAUUCAAGACCUUGUGUUUAAUGAGUCUGAAGAGUCAAUGUCUGAGAAUAACAACCCUCGUCCUUUAGAUGAUGAAUCUCAGCUCAUUUUCAAGAUGCAGACGUUAUUACAGCUGCUUUAUAGUCUACAGGCCAUGAUCGCUCAACAAGACAGCUACUUAGAGACACAAAAAGAACGUGAGAAGCAGUUCAGGCAGCAGUCCUCUAAGGGUAAUUGGCUUCUGGAGCAGGAGAAGCAACGAAAUUUUGAGAAGCAGCGUGAGGAGCUGGGUAAUGUACAGAAGCUGCAGGACCAACUAAAACAUGAACGUCAACGGUGGGAACGUGAGAGGAGCAGGCGGCAAAAAGAUAUGGAGUCAACGGAUAUGAAGCUGCGGCAGAGAGAGGAGGCUUCUCGUCUUGAAAAAGAGAAGUUAGAACAGGAACGGUUAGAUCUUGAAGCACAGAAAGAGGCCUAUCAACAUGAUUUGGAGAGGUUGCGUGAGGCACAGAGAGCAGUGGAGAAAGACAGAGAGCGUCUGGAGCAGUUGAGGAAAAUAAAGAGAUCAAAUGUCAGUGCUGGAACAUUUUCACCUGACAUGGUGCAGAUAACAUUGGGUGUUGCACAUUCUGAAAGUUUUAAUGGAGAAGGAACUAGUCAGCUUGUCAUGAAGCCUUCAGCCAAAUCCAGUGCAUCUGUGUCUACAGCGGACUACUUGGAGAGGCCUGAAGUUACACGCCGUGAUAGUAGCUCUACAGAUAUAAGACCAACUUUUAAAAAUGAUGUGCCUAUUCAUUUAUUAAGUGCCACUAACCAGAUCCAGAAGCAGGCGUUACUAACAAAGCAGCAGAUUCCCACCAAACUGGCAGCAUUGACUAAAAGCGGCAGGGAAAAAACUGGCAGAGGAAAAGCUUCACAUCGGACUGAUAGUUCAGCAUCCAUGGAUCACAGACAGCUUUUCCCAUCCAAACUUUCAGGAAAGGAAGAUAGUACGGUGAGGAGCCGAAGAGCAGCAAGUCCAGGCCUGGUGAAUACUCAGCUCAUGUUCUUUCAGCAAGACCCUCCAGGACAAGCAGAUCCCACUAGUGAAACACCAACAUAUCCAUCAAACCUCUACCGACAAAGCAGUGCCCAUCUAUUGAUACCUUCCAUUCCUUCACCUCCACCUCCUGCCCUUCCUGCCGAGGAAGAAACAAACAAAGAAGACGUUAUAUUUUUCUAGGCACCCUAAGAAGAUGCACACUUACACUUUUCCUAUCCUUUGUGGCACUGAACGGAACUGUUUGGAACAACUCCUUUUCCACUAAGGUCUAAGCCUGUUUUACGUGAAUAUUGAAGAAAUUAACCAGUUUUUCAAUAGUGCAUCGAGUCCAAAGAGUAACGGUGGAGUCAUUACUAGCAGGAUAGCAAAAUGCAAUGUUAGCUUCAAUAUAAGGUUGGAAUUUCUGUUGAACAUGUCGGCCAGACAGUACUGGUUUUCAAUAAUGGAGUGUGUUUUUCAGUGUGAUGUCCUAGGGCAACAAUGUGUCUAUCUGUUCAAGUGGAGUAGUGCCUGCUGGUCAGGAUUGCUUGCAUAUAGCUUAAAAGCCCUAUUUUUGUUGUUUUGUCUCUUAUAAACCUUUUCUGAGGAACAAACAAUACAGCAGCGUAACAUACUGUCCAUAUUUGUAAUAAUCGUGCUAGCCCACAUUAGAUAGAAUGUAGGCUAUGUUUAGGCUUAUUGAUUGUUGAAUGUCUUUAAAGCAGAUGGAUUUCUAGAAUAAUUCAAAUAUUGAAAGUAUUUUUAGAUUAGUUUCUCUGCAAGAACAUUUCCAGAAACUAUAAAUCAAUAUUAAAAAUAGUCCCAAAGCCUAAGAGCUAUUUGACAACUAAGCCACACAUGGGUCAAAUUAAACAUAAUUAUUGGUAUUGUUAACAUAUAGUCCUUUCAUUUUAAAAUCUAGUAUUUUUAUUUAAUCUGACCCCUGGACCAAAUAUAGUAAAUAUCAGUUGAAUAAUUUAGCGUUUGUGUAUUAAUGUAAUGUGUUAUACAUAUUUUCUUCAAUAUAGAGUCCCUUUUUUAAUGUCAUUGUAAAACAAUACAGUGUCACUGCCAUUUGCCACGUUAUAGGUGAGACUGUUACACAAACAAAUGAAGAAUUAAUCUUGUGCCAUUUUUUUUUUACUGUGUACUUUAAAUAUGUACCGAUAUAUAGAGAUAUAAUUAGAGAAAUUAAAUACAUAAAAACUUUAAUGGUCUUUGAGCACUUUUAAGACAUGUAGAGCACAACUGUUUAAAUGUACUAUAUAAUUGUACAUAAGAACAGCUCAUUUUAGUUUCAUGAUCUUUUGUAGGGAAAUGAAUCCUCAUAUAACCAGAUGCAAAUGUUAAUUUGUAGGAUUGUUUUACUAAAUUGAUUUUACUUUUUUUUUUUUUCUAUCUAUAUCUUUUUACUUGUCUGUUAAUUCUUGAAGGGAGAUUAUUAUAAAAAAUGCACCAGUGAGUAUUAGGCUAUAUGAAUCAUUAAUCAGAGAGAAUCAUUUUCCGAAAACUGUAAAGGUGUUUAAGAUUACCAAGUGCAAGAUCUUUAUCAGUCAAUAUAGUUAGCCUUCAAUUUUAACCGUUCUGUUUCCCACACAUUAUGCUUACAUUUUAUAAUGGUUCAUGCUUUUUAACUGUAUAUGUAUAAAAGUUAAAAAUAUUUAUUACUCAUCUGCCAGGAUUAUUUUGAAGCUUUAAAGAUAUAUAUUUUCUCUCCCAUUCUGUGGCUGGCCCUCAGUGUUUUAUCUUUCCAGUGCCUGUUAGUAGCAACUACAGCACUCUACUAUAGAAGUGUCCACAUGCCCCGGCUCUACUUUUCAUUUGCUCUUUUUAUUUUUUUAUUUUAUAUGUAUAUAUUGCACAAAGUGUAGUUGGCAAUUAUGAAUGCAGCUUGUGCCAUUUAUCAGUUUUUAUUGCACAGAAUGUGGGGAAGCUGUUCAUUUGGCUUUGUUGAUGCUGUAAAAAUAUAGCUUUUAAUUCCCACGAUUGAUCUUUGCACUAUUUGGGCCUAAUUUAGAAUUGCAUGCAAGUCAACCGCAUGGACAUAAAUGCAGAUACCCGUAUUCAGAGUUGGCAGCAUCUAUAAGGCUACACUGCUUGCGAAUGUAGCCAUCAUAACCAUUGGCAUUUAAUUGCACCAGCUCUAUACCUUGUGCAAACGUACAGUCUGACAUCGUAUGGUCAACUGUACAUAGCCCACAAUUCUAUCUACAUAUCCCCGACAUUCCCUCGGAACACUUAGCUACUUACAAACGUCGCCUUCUUAAUCCUGCUAGCUGCACGUGGAAUUAUACGACUCAGUACCAUGUACAUUGUGAUAACAUGGAUUUGUGAUGAACUCUGAAUAAGGCCUUUUAUUUUUACCUGUGCAUUGAGAUUUGAUGGAAAGUCUAAAGAUCACUCCUAAGCUGCUAUGGUUAAACAAUGAGAGAUGGGAUGCAUGGAACUCUAAAACGAUUGUCCUAGAAAACCUGAUCUAAAUGAAUUUAGCAGCCACAAGUUCUUGCAUAUUUGGCUUAAUUUAAUGAACACCUUACAGUUUAGCUCUCUGAUUGUUAAUGAAGAGGUUUAGUGCAAUCACUCAAUUAAGUUUUGUCCAGAUGAACAUAUCUUCUAGAGCAUAUUUGCAGCACUUUAACAGUUCAGGUACACUACUGAAAGACCACAGUGACUCGUAUAUGUAAUUCUAGACUCGCAUGCAUAUUUUUCCAUAGAAAGCAAAAGGGCACUUACUGUUUAUAGAGGACUGCUCCUGGACACAUCAGAGGAACAUAUGAAAUAAUCUGUAGGUAGCCAAAUGGUGAUCAGAUACCUACAUUUACAGGAUUUAAGGACACUUUAUUAAAAAAAUGUUCUAUCACUUGAAAUUAUUGUUUAAUUAUCUAUUGAGAUGGGAUUAGCUCCUGAAUGUUGAUUUUCUUACAAAGUAUUGGUCAGAAACAUCUGCAUAAUUUUAGAGAAUUUGCAAGCCAGUCCCAUCUUCAUCAUACAGCACAGAGACAUGGAAUAACGUUAAGUGGUUUUCUUUCUAUUGACAUAAAAAUAGAUAGUACUAAGUCUUACUGUCAAAACAUAUAUCCUCAAGGUGAUUCACUGUUAUAUACUGCAGAAUGUAUGACAAUAAAAUCAUUACCAUUGUGAUGUGUAUGAAGAUAUUCUGAAUUAAUCAGACCAUGGUUCUUGUUUCUACCUGAAAAUGGACUCUAUGAUGCUAUAUAAGUAUUGAACCAUGAUGAAAAAUUAAGUGUAUUAUAGGUGCUGGAAAAUACGAUCUACUUGGAUGCAAGUUUUAAUAAAAAUAUUAUUUAAGACAAAAUAAUACAGUAAAUCCAGUUAUGUAUGAAUGUAUAAUUUGUAAAUAUAUCCGUGCAUUAUAUUUUUUUUUCUGGAAAUGUUGAUAAUGUUGUGUAAUUGAACACUUUUAUGUUUCUGUUGUGUGUCUAAUGAACAAAUAGUACCCUACAGUAUAUCGCUAAACUGAUACAAAUGGAAAAAUGUGUGUGUGUGUGGGGGAAGGGGGGAGUAUUGACACUGCAAGUUGGUGUAAUUUGUUAUUUUAUUUCAUAUGGCAUAAGAAUAAACUGUUGAUUUCAGAGUU